AUGCCAACCGUCGACGUCCACACACACGUCUACCCCCCCUCCUACAUCUCCCUCCUCCGCUCCCGCACCACGGUCCCCUACAUCCGCAACUUCCCCGACGCCCCCGACUCCGCGCGCCUCAUCAUCCUCCCCGGCGAAGACGCGCCCACCGCGCCCGGCACCGCGCGGGGCCGCCCCAUCGGGCCCGAAUACUCGUCCAUCGCCCACAAACUCGCCUUCAUGGACGCGCACGGCAUCGCCGCCUCCGUCAUCUCGCUCGCCAACCCGUGGCUCGACUUCCUCGCGCCCGACGACGCCGCCUCUGCCGCGUCCGCCAUCAACGACGAGAUCGACGCCCUCUGCGCCGCGCACCCGAAGCGCCUGUUCCACUUCGCGACCCUCCCACUCUCCGCGUCGGCGGGGGCUGUUGCGGCUGAGGUCGCGAGGCUAGCCAGCCCAGCCGUGCCGCAUUGUCGCGGCGUCAUCAUGGGGACGUCCGGCCUGGGGCGCGGGCUGGACGACCCGGCGCUCGAACCCGUGUGGGCGGCGCUGGAGGAAGCGGGCUUAAUCGUGUUCCUGCACCCGCAUUACGGGCUGCCGGGCAACGUGUACGGGCCGCUGGCGGGCGAGUACGGGCACGUGUUGCCGCUGGCGAUCGGGUUCCCGGUCGAGACGACGAUUGCAGUGGCGCGGAUGCUGCUGGCGGGGGUGUGGGAGAGGCAUGGGAGGUUGGAGGUGCUGCUGGCGCAUUCGGGGGGGACGCUGCCGUUCCUUGCGGGCAGGAUUGAGAGUUGUGUGGCGCAUGAUGGGCAUUUGAAGAAGGAGGGGAGGACGGAGCGGAUGAGGAGUUUGUGGGAGGUGUUGAAGAAGAAUAUCUAUCUCGAUGCGGUCGUGUAUUCGGAAGUGGGGUUGAGGGCGGCGGUGGAGGCGAGUGGGAAGGAUAGGAUUAUGUUUGGUACCGAUCAUCCCUUCUUUCCGCCGCUUGACGGGGAAGAAACGGAAUGGUUGAGCGUGAAGACAAACUACUCUGCUAUCAAGCAGGCGUUUGACGGAGACGAAUCGGCCGCCGAAGCCGUCUUGGGCGGUAAUGCAGCGAGGAUAUUGAAGUUGGAUUUGUGA